CCCCGGGGUCACCGGGCACCGGCCGCACCAUGCGGAGCGCCCGGGCGCUGCUGCUCGCCCUCGCCCUGCGGGUCUACGCGCUGGACACCGAGACGCCCGCCGCUGGCUGCACCUUUGAGGAGGACAGUGACCCGAACCAGUGCGAGUACAGCCAGGGCGAGGACGAUGACUUCGAGUGGGAGCUGAUCCGGAGCUAUUUGAUGCCUCACCUGACGCCUGACCUGCCUCACGGCUCCUACCUGAUGGUGAACUCCUCCCAGCACACCCCAGGCCAGAAAGCUCACCUGCUUUUCCAGGCCCUGAGCGAGAAUGACACCCACUGCCUGCAGUUCAGCUACUUCAUGUACAGCCGGGACGGGCACAGCCCCGGCACCCUCAGCGCCUACGUGCGGGUCACGGGGGGCCCGGUGGGCAGCGCCGUCUGGAACGCCUCGGGCUCCCACGGCCGCCAGUGGCACCAGGCAGAGCUGGCUGUCAGCUUGUUCUGGCCCAGCGAGUACCAGGUCCUGUUCGAGGCGGUGGUGUCCAGCGAGCGCAGGGGGUACCUCGGCUUGGAUGACAUUCUGCUCCUGAAUUAUCCGUGCUCCAAAGCCCCUCAUUUCUCCCGCCUGGGCGACGUGGAGGUGAACGCGGGGCAAAACGCCACCUUCCAGUGCGUGGCCGCCGGGAAGGCGUCCGAGGCCGAGCGCUUCCUCAUGCAGAGGCAGAGCGGCCAGGUGGUCCCUGCCGCCUCGGUGAAGCACAUCAGCCACCGGCGCUUCCUGGCCACCUUCCAGCUGGACGAGGUGUCCAAGGCAGAGCAGGAUUUGUACCGCUGUGUCACCCAGUCCAGCCGAGGCUCGGGAGUCUCCAACUUCGCCGAGCUCAUUGUGAAAGAGCCCCCCACACCCAUUGCACCCCCUCAGCUGCUCCGGGCCGGCUCCACCUACCUCAUCAUCCAGCUCAACACCAACUCCAUCAUCGGCGACGGCCCCAUCGUGCGCAAGGAGAUCGAGUACCGCAUGACCUCGGGGCCCUGGUCGGAGGUGCACGCUGUCAACAUGCAGACCUACAAGCUCUGGCACUUGGACCCGGACACGGAGUACGAGAUCAGCGUCCUGCUCACCCGGCCCGGCGAGGGGGGCACCGGCAAACCGGGGCCGCCCCUCAUCAGCCGCACCAAGUGCGCAGAGCCCAUGAGGGCCCCCAAAGGCCUGGCUUUCUCUGAGAUCCAGUCCAGGCAGCUGACACUGCAGUGGGAGCCACUGGGCUACAACCUGACCCGCUGCCACACCUACACUGUCUCGCUCUGCUACCGCUACUUCGUGGGCAGCGGCCACAACCAGACCUUCCAGGAGUGUGUGAAGAUGGAGCGCAACGCCAACCGCUACACCAUCAAAAACCUGCUGCCCUACAAGAACAUCCACGUCAAGCUCAUCCUCUCCAACCCCGAGGGGCGCAAGGAGGGCAAGGAGGUGGUUUUCCAGACGGAUGAGGAUGUGCCUGGGGGCAUCGCCUCAGAGUCCCUCACCUUCACCCCGCUGGAGGACAUGAUAUUCCUGAAGUGGGAGGAACCGGUGGAGCCCAACGGCCUCAUCACACAGUACGAGAUCAGCUACCAGAGCAUCGAGUCGUCCGACCCGGCCGUCAACGUGCCCGGCCCGCGUCGCACCGUGUCCAAGCUGCGCAACGAGACCUACCACGUCUUCUCCAACCUCCACCCCGGCACCACCUACCUCUUCUCGGUCCGGGCCCGCACUGGGAAGGGCUUUGGCCAGACGGCGCUCACCGAGAUCACCACCAACAUCUCUGCUCCCACCUUCGACUAUGGGGACAUGCCAUCACCGCUGAGUGAGUCAGAGAGCACCAUCACGGUGCUGCUGCGGCCGGCGCAGGGCAGGGGGGCUCCCAUCAGCACCUACCAGGUGAUAGUGGAGGAGGACCGUCCCAAGAAGCUGAAGCGGGAGCUGGGGGGGCCGGAAUGCUUCCCGGUGCCCCUCACCUUCGACGACGCCGUGUCCCGGGGCUCCGUGCACUACUUUGGGGCAGAGCUGCCCGCCAGCAGCCUCACCGAGGCCAAACCCUUCACUGUGGGGGACAACCAGACCUACAGUGGCUACUGGAACCCCCCCCUGGAGCCCAAGAAGGCCUAUCUCAUCUACUUCCAGGCCAUGAGCAAUCUCAAAGGGGAAACCAGGCUGAACUGUGUCCGGAUCGCCCGCAAAGCUGCCUGCAAAGAGAGCAAGCGUCCCCUGGAGGUGUCACAGCACUCGGAGGAGAUGGGCCUGAUCCUGGGCAUCUGUGCCGGGGGGCUCAUCGUCCUGAUUAUCCUGCUGGGAGCCAUCAUCGUGGCCAUCCGGAAAGGGAGGAACUACUAUUCUUAUUCCUAUUACCCGAAACCCGUGAACAUGACCAAAGCAACCAUUAACUACCGGCACGAGAAGACCCACAUGAUGAGUGCCAUCGACAGGAGCUUCACCGACCAGAGCACCCUGCAGGAGGACGAGCGCCUGGGGCUGUCCUUCAUGGACACCCACAACUAUGGAAACAGAGGUGACCAGCGCAGCAGCGUGGUCAACGAGUCCAGCAGCCUCCUGGGGGGCUCCCCACGGCGCCAGUGUGGCCGGAAGGGCUCCCCAUACCACACGGGGCAGCUGCACCCGGCCGUGCGCGUGGCCGACCUCCUGCAGCACAUCAACCAGAUGAAAACGGCCGAGGGCUACGGUUUCAAGCAGGAGUAUGAG